AUGCGCUCAUUCGGCCCAUCCUCCUCCUCAAAACCUCGCGCCGGCAGGCGUGGCGGCGGCCCCAAUCGCGGAGGCGGCCGCCAAUCCUCCUCGCAAAAGCCUCACCCACCUCGAGCCCACGACGGUCGUCGGUCCUUGCCGGCCGAUGACGAUCCCAUUCACGACGAGACAUGGAUGAAAUCCAAUUACCCCGGCGUCUACCUCAAGGACGUCUGGGCCACAAAUCCCAAGUCCACUGUCAUCAACUGGGCACAGAACCAGGGCAAGGAGCGACCCGAGUUCACGCACGAGACUGUGCUGCUGCACGGUCAUACCGGCACCAGAUGUACACUCGAUCUCAAGGCUGAGCCAUCUAUCAUCGGUGUAGGAGACGCAGCGAAACGAGGAGACGCAGAGAAGCUGGCCGCGCUCGACGCCGUUUAUCAGCUGGCCAAGAUCCGUGCAUUCGACCGACCCAAGGUGUCUAGAGCUGCACCCGGAGCAGAAACCGUCAAGCUCUCGAAUGGCGAGGUCAUCAACUACGAUAGGGCGAGACAAUUCAUGGACUAUUACUGUCGGCGCUACAACUUUGGGAAGCCCGAUAUCAACUACAGCGAGGUCAAGAGCGCUCGCAAGGCGCCUUCCACCUGGGAAGCCGUCAUGAUGGUGGGCGGCCGUCGUAUCGGCAUUGGCACGGGCAAGAAUAAGAAGGCGGCGCAGACUCAAUGCUACAUUGAUGUCACGCAAUAUCUGGAGAGCUGUGAUGCCGACCUUUGGAAAUCUUUCGUCGAAGCGUCCGCUGCGGGCAAGGAGCUGGGGCUGGCUCCGCGUGUACACAUGGAUAUCGACGAUCGCUUGGAGGACGAAAUUCGCGAUAUCGGAUACGAUGUUCGUAAGAGUACCCUGUACGAGAAUCGCCCAAAGAACAAGUCCCCGGCUGCCGCCGCUGCCGCUGCCGCCGAGGCGAACACCCCACGCUACAAGGCACCCACUCCUGCGAAAUUCCUCGCCGACAAAUCGCAGCGCCUCGCCGACAAGCACAAGGCGUAUCUUACGGAUCCGAAGAUGGAGAAGAUGCGUGAGGCCCGAACGUCGCUUCCCGUGUACACCCGUUCAGAGGCGCUUCUCAACCACAUACGUUCCAACGAAGUCACCAUCUGCAUGGCAGCGACGGGUUCGGGGAAAACUACACAGAUCCCCCAGCUCAUCCUCGACGAGUACAUCGAUCGUGGAGAAGGCGCGAAGUGUAAUAUCAUCUGCACACAACCUCGUCGAAUCGCGGCUAUCAGCGUCGCUCAGCGUGUCGCCGCAGAACGCGGAGAGACCGUCGGAAAAGGCUCAAUUGGCUACCAGGUUCGCUUCGAGGCCCAGCUCCCUGAAGAACAUGGCUCCGUCACGUUCUGCACGACGGGUAUCUUCCUCCGUCGAAUGCAGUCCGCUUUACAGGAAGCGGGCUCGUCACGCGGCCUGAACAUGGAUGAUGUGACGCACAUCGUGGUCGACGAAGUGCACGAGCGUGACGUCGACACGGAUCUUCUGCUGGUGGUAUUGAAGCGCCUGCUUGCGGACCGUAAGGCGAAGGGGAAGCCGCUGAAGGUCAUUCUCAUGAGCGCCACCGUCAAUGCGACACUCUUUCAGCAGUAUUUUCCUGACUCCGCAGGGAAGCCGGCUGGCCUCAUCGAGAUUCCUGGUCGCUCGUUCCCAGUCGACAAACACUUCAUGGACGACUUCGUGCCCGAACUCGCUCGCGACUCUGCGCAUUCAGCUGUCUUUCGUGAUCCAGCCGUUGCUAAGUACAUCCAGCAAGAACUUCCGAAGCAGGCAGCCCACAUCUUGCGAAACGGUCCGGCUAUCCAGAUCAAUGAUGAUGAUCAGCUCGCAGAUAUCGACAUCGACCUCCCGUUUCCGCUCAUCGCCCUCACCGUAGCGCACGUCAUGAAGAAGACGGAGGAUGGUCACGUCCUUGUCUUCUUGCCAGGUUGGGACGAAAUCCAGAACGUCAAUCGCGCCUUGUCGAAUACGGCUUUCACGCAAGGCCUCAAUUUCCUGAACUCGAAAGAGUACUCCAUACAUCUCCUCCACUCUUCCAUUCCUGUAGCCGAGCAACAGAUCAUCUUCGACCCUCCACCGGCCGGCGUUCGCCGCAUUAUCCUGUCUACGAAUAUCGCCGAGACGUCCGUCACGAUUCCUGACGUUGUCUAUGUCGUCGAUACCGGCAAAAUCAAGGAGUUGCGCUACGAUCCUCAGCGCCAUAUGUCAUCGCUCAUCUCUGCAUGGGUUGGCUCCUCCAACUUGAACCAACGUGCAGGCCGUGCUGGACGUCAUCGCCCCGGCGAGUACUUUGGUAUGCUCAGCCGUCGCCGUCACGAUACGCUCUCUCCGCACCAACUCGUGGAGAUGCAACGCACCGACCUUACCAACGUCGUUAUGCACGUCAAGGCCCUUGACUUCCCUGGCAUGGCUGUCGAAGACGUUCUAGCUGCGACAAUCGAGCCUCCCAGGGCCGAGCGCAUAGCAGCGGCAAUGGAAGACCUUCGGGUCGUCGGCGCUCUCGAUGAGAAUCAGAACCUCACCUCGCUCGGACGCGUACUGCUUCAACUGCCCAUCGAGGUUGGCAUUGGUCGCAUGGUUCUUUUUGGUAGCUUCUUUCGCUGUUUGGACCAGGCCGUUUCCCUUGCAGCCAUCAUGACGAACCGCGACCCAUUCGUGACCCCGGUGCUUGUAAAGGCGCAAGCUCAGGCGGUCAAAGAUGGCUGGACACCCAUGGAGUAUCGCUCUGAUCUUUUGGCAACUCUUCAGGCAUUCAAUACUUGGUCGGACUUGCACAGUCGCGGCCGCUUCCAUGAAGCUCAUCGGUUCGCUUCGGACAAUUUCCUGUCCAAACCCACGCUGCUGCAAAUGUACACGGUUAAACGCCACCUACUACAUUCGCUCUACCAGUCAGGUGUUUUGGACAUCUCCGCUGCUGGUCGCGCCGACGUCUACGCACGAGGCAAAGAGGUCAUCGUCCCAGCCGAGCUCAACACCAACGGCGACUCGCUCCCACUUCUGGUUGCACUCAUUGCGUCAGCUUCGCAACCAAAGUUUGCCAUUAGGACGAGCCCCCAGUCAUACCGUACACAACGUGACAAGAACGUCAUGAUCCAUCCCUCUAGUGUGAAUCACCGUAAACGCGAUGGAACCCCGCAGGGCUCUACGGACGGCGCAUACAUCUCGAAGCAGAUCAUCGCGUACCAAGAAAAACGGCAGAAUACUUCGGCGGUCGGAGUAACUGCCGCCAACGCGCCGAUGUAUCUCAUGACUACGACUCGCCUCGAUCCGAUGACAUACGUCCUCUUCGGGGCGUACGAUAUCAAAGUUACCGAUCGUGGCCUGGAGUGUGAUGACUGGUUACCCAUUAGCGGCAACCUCUUUGCGCUGGACGACCUCGCUCGUCUCAAAAUCAUGAUUGAGCAGUGCAUGCUGCGGGUCUUUGAAGGCCUGCUUCUCCGCCGCCAGAAGAACAGACCACGACGAUUUGCGCCCGUAGAGCCACGGGAUGAGGAAGAGUCCGGCGACGAAGAAGAUCCGUCGAACGUCGCGCCAACGCCGCUCUCGGCGAAGGAGGUGCAGGAGCUUGACUAUCUGACGAAGGACAUUGUCAGCAUCCUCAAUCGCUUCGGCGAAGAUUUCUUGGCCUCGCAAAGCCGCGCUAACUCGCGCCCUGGUACGCCACAGGGCUCGCCCUCGCUCGGGUCCAUCCGCUUGCCUCGCUCAGGUGCUUCUACCCCAUGGGGACCAGGUACAAUGUCUGCAUACAAUUCUCGGCCCGGUACUCCUAGUGGCCUCUCGCGGGCAUACAACAGAUCUUCAUAG